UCCUCCUCCUGGUCCUCCUCCCCGGACCCGAUGGCUCACUGCGGCUCCUCCCCGGCCCCGCGUCCCGACGCCAUCAAACCGGCCCCGGGGAGCGUGGACCAGAGCAUGAAGCCGGUGCUGUUCGAGAUCUUCGGCGAGAUAUGGACCGUCCAGUCGCGGCUCGGCCAGGGGGUGUCGGCCUCCGUGUACCGGGUCAGCUCCGGCAGAGCCACCGCCACCGCCGCCGUCAAGGAGUUCCAGGCCGACUCAGGGGGAGACUACGGGUACCACAAGGAGAGGGCCGUGCUGGAGGACAUCCAGGGGCACAAAAACAUCGUGACUCUGUACGGGGUGUUCACCAACCACAGCUGUAUGGGCGCUGCCACACGCUGUCUCCUGCUGGAGCUCUUGGAUGUCAGUGUGUCUGAUCUGUUGGUGAGGAGCAGCAGUGGUACACAGGGUGCCAGACCCCAGCAGGGCCACUCCAUGUGGCUUGUCCAGCACUGUGCCAGAGACAUCCUAGAGGCUCUUGCCUUCCUCCACAGGGAAGGCUACGUCCACGCCGACCUCAAGCCACGCAACAUUCUCUGGAGUGCCGACGACGAGUGCUUCAAGCUCAUCGACUUUGGCCUCAGUUUCAAAGAGGGAAACCAGGAUGUCAAGUACAUCCAGACAGACGGGUACCGUGCUCCGGAGGCUGAGCUGCAAAACAGCCUCGCUCAGGCCGGGGUGGAGGUGGACGGGGACUCGGGCUGCACCGCUGCCGUGGACAUGUGGAGCCUGGGCAUCAUCCUGUUGGAGAUGUUCUCAGGAAUUAAACUUAAAGACACCGUCCGCUCGCAGAAGUGGAAAGAUAACAGUGCUGCCAUUGUAGACCAUCUUUUUGCCAGCAACAGUGUGGUGUGCCCUGCCAUCCCUGUCUAUCACCUCAGAGACCUUAUCAAAAGCAUGCUUCUCAAUGACCCAAAGCAAAGAUGCACUGCUGAAUCUGCCCUGCUGAGCCCAUUCUUCAGUAUUCCUUUUGCUCCUCACAUUGAGGACCUGGUUCUGCUGCCCACUCCUGUCCUGCGUCUGCUCAACCUGAUUGAUGACAGCCAUCUGCACAAUGAAGAAGAGUAUGAAGAAAUCCUGGAGGACAUGAAAGAGGAGUGCCAGAAGUAUGGCUCAGUGGUUUCUCUGCUCAUCCCCAAGGAGAAUCCAGGGAAAGGACAGGUGUUUGUAGAGUACGCCAACUCCAGCGACUCCAAAGAGGCUCAGAGGCUGCUGACGGGCCGCACCUUUGACGGGAAGUUUGUUGUGGCCACCUUCUACCCGCUCAGCGCCUACAAAAGAGGUUACUUGUACCAGACUGUGCAGUGAAGUCCUAAAGCUCAAUUCACACCUCCACACUGUUUGCAUGAAAUAAUACAACUAUAUAGCCCACCACAGAGGAGAAGUAAUUUCCUCCCUUUGGAAAUGACUAGAGUGAACACUAAGUCAUGAGUGGCUG